GCUACAUACUGAAAAGAUAGGAAAAGAAAUUAAUGGCAGGAAGAAUAGAGAGGUGCAGCUGGUGCGGUGUGCAGCUGCUGGUUCCAGCAGAUGCCCAGGCCAUCCAAUGUGCCGUAUGCCAAGCAGUCACCCAAAGGGUUCGACCCACCGGUAGCCCUUUGGGGAAUCCUUUGGGUCAAGCGCACGGCACAUUGAGCCAAGCAACCGGUUGGUUCAAAGGCAUCUUUAACACAGUGGCUAACAAUAUUUCUGUGAGUAAUGGUACCAGCGGUGGUGGUUCUUCUGGGUACUAUGCCGGUUACGGCCCUCAGCUGGCACCACGAUUGCCGCCGCGGCUGCCGCCGAUGAUGCCACCUCUCUCGGCUCAUGGAAGGAAGCGGGCGCUGCUGUGCGGAGUGAGCUACCAUGACCAGAAGGAGAGGCUGAAGGGGAGUGUGAAUGAUGUGAGGUGCAUGAAAUACUUCCUGGUUGAGAAGUUGGGAUUUCCUAUUGACUCUAUACUUGUCCUCACAGAAGAGGAGACAGACCCAUUACGGAUCCCAACAAAACGCAAUAUUAGAACAGCAUUGCGGUGGCUGAUCCAAGGUUGCCAGUCAGGAGACUCCUUGGUGUUCCACUUCUCCGGCCAUGGGUCACGGCAGCAGGACGACAACGGUGAUGAGAUGGACGGAUACGAUGAGACACUCUGCCCUGUGGAUUACGAGACGCAGGGGACCAUAGUUGAUGAUGAGAUUAAUGCCACCAUUGUAAGGCCACUGCCCAAAGGAGCCAAACUUCAUGCUAUCGUUGAUGCUUGCUAUAGUGGAACUGUUCUCGAUCUACCUUUUGUCUGCAGAAUGAAUAAGGAAGGAUACUAUUUCUGGGAAGAUCAUAGUAGACCAUCAACAUAUAAAGGCACCGAUGGUGGCCUUGCUCUAUGUUUUAGUGCCUGCGAUGACCAUCAAACCUCUGCAGACACCAAGGCUCUCUCUGGUAGCGUCACCACUGGUGUCUUGACCUAUAGCUUCAUCCAAGCUGUGCAAAAUGAACCUGGACUCGCAUACGGCCGCUUACUCAGUGCCAUGCGCAGUGCAAUUCGUGAGGCGAGAACAGGAUUACGCCUAAAUGGUCCAAUUGCAUCGCUUAUAAAUAAAGCAUUAGGUUUAGAAUUAUCACAGGAACCUCAAUUAUCAUCUUCUGAGAAGUUUGACAUUUAUGCGAAGCCGUUCAUUCUAUAGUAAUAUAUUAUCAAUUAAUUUCUAGAUUAACUAUAAUAAUUAAAAAAAUGUGUCAUUGUUUCAAUUUGUACAGAAAAUUAAUUAAUGAAAUUUAUUGUUCAUAACUAGUGAAAUUUAUUAAUUUCAAUAUGUUCGAGAUUUAAAGCAUAAAGAUUGUAAUAGUUUGAAAC